CAUAUUUGUAGCUUCGUUUCUAAUUUAUUAAAAGAAAUUCGGAAUUUUAAACUAAGAGGACUAUGAAUUACUCCCUCCGUUUCAUAUUAAGUGUCGUUUUAGAGAAUUUUUUUCGUUACAAAAUAAGUGUUGUUUUCGAUUUUCAAUGCAAAAUUUAUUAAUUUUAUGCAAAAUUUAUUUUUCUAUUGGUUGAAAUAUGGUUAGGUGUAUAGUUAAUAGUGUUUUUUAUAGGAAUUAUACAAAAUUAAUUGUUUCUUUAGUCCGUGUGCUGAAACCUAAAACGACACACUUAUAAUGAAACAGAGGGACUAUUAUAGCUUCCCACCAGACCGAAUCUAAAAAGUCCACUUAUCAGUUAUCACUUAUAGCUUAUCAGUUCUCAGUUAUAAGUAAAGAGAGAGUUGUCCAAAGCAAAGUUGAAAAAGUCCACUUAUCAGUUAUCACUUGCAACUUAUCAGUUCUCAGUUAUAAGGAAAGAGACAGUUGGUUGGGAGGUUGAGACUACCUAACUUAUAUCCAUUACGAUGUUGGGUAAGUUUUGAUAGCUUGGAGCUCAAGACAUCCUUUAAUAAGUUGGUUAACGAUAAGAUAAGCUUGUCAUAAUCUUAGUAGUAUUAGAAUUUAGAAGUUAUCUAUUACUAAUAGGAAAAGGAAAUUUACUCUACUAUAUAUAUACAUGUCUAGAUGUGGCAUUGACAUAACGAUUAGAGAAGUUUAGUUUUGAGCAUAGUUUUCUAAACAUUCAAUAAAGAGAGCAAGUAUUCGAGUGUGUUUUUCGAGCUACUUUAUACGAGAUGUCCGAUCUUCCAAGGGAGAUGGAGGAGGAGGUGCUCUCUAGGCUUCCGGUGACGUCUCUUAGAGACUUGCGAUCAACCUGCAAAACUUGGAACACUUUAACGAAAAGCGAGAGCUUUUUAAAUAGACACGUCUUUGAAGAAGAAGAAGAAGCACCAGCAAAGAAGAAGCGGAGGAAGUUGGUGAUGAUGCAGGAGCAUAGAGUUUACUUGAUGAACGUCGAUCUCCUCUAUCCAUCUAUAGAGCGUAUAGGUAAUCUCAACGCAGAUGGAAUCGACAUAUCUAAUAUCUUUCACUGCGACGGUUUAUUCUUAUGCACCACCAAAGACACUAGGCUUGUUGUCUGGAACCCUUAUCUGGGACAGACAAGGUGGAUCGAACCCAGAACUUCUUACCACAGAUGGGACAGGUAUGCUCUCGGACACGAGAAGAAGAAAAGGCACAAAGUCUUGAGAUUUGUGAAUGACUACGACCCGAGUGUGAAGCACAGAGUUUGCGAGUUUGAGAUCUUCAGUUUAGACUCUAAUUCAUGGAGGGUCAUUGAUGAUGAUUUGACUCCGGACUGUACUGUUUCUUUUCUUCACCGUGGUUUGUCUCUGAAGGGCAACACUUACUGGUACGCUCAAGAGAAGCUCGAUUUAAACGGUCCACCAGAGAUUAAAGAGCUCCCUGAUUUCCUCCUCUGUUUUGAUUUUACAACGGAGAGGUUUGGUCCGCGUCUUCCUCUGCCUUUCAACGCUUUCUUCGGAGACAUUGUGACUCUUUCUAGUGUUGGAGAAGAGCAGCUUGCGGUGCUAUUGCAGAGAUGCACGUCACCUGCAUUCACUGUCAAUAUAUGGAUUACUAGUAAGAUUGAGCCCAAUGCAGUCUCGUGGAGAAACGUGUUCUUAUCUGUUGAUAUGAAACCACUCAUUGGUACUCUGUUUUCGAUGUUCGGUGGGAGUUUCUUCGUUGACGAGGAGAAGAAGGUGGCUGUGGUUCUUGAUAAAGACCGUGCUAAAUCGUUCCCCCCCACACGCAACAUUGCUUGCAUCAUUGGAAACAAUGGAUACUUUAAACAAGUGGAUCUUGGUGAAUCUAUAGGCAAAUGGUGUUACUCAAUUGUGUGCCCGUAUGUUCCAAGCUCGUUGCAAAUCACUAGGCAACUAGAGGAACACACACCCUAAUCCAUUAAAUUUGUAUUCUCUUGUUUAUUUACUCUAGGUCUCAUCUUAGACUCCAUUAAUUUGUAUCUCUGACUAAUGUCGGUUUCUUCUUUUAUCUGAGACCUAUUGAUUUGUAGACAAUUGUUGGUUUCUCGACAUAUCUGAUGUCCAAAACAUAGCAAAUCAAAGCAAUUUUUCCUUGAAAGCUUCUUAAUUAGCUGAAAAGAAAAGAGUAUCACUGCUCUCUUUAACUAUUCUUUAACCUCUUAUAUAUAUAUAUAUGUAUAUUCUACUGUCAUGAUUUGCCCUGUCUGUGUUUGGUGGUUGAGCCAAGAACUCAAUUUUGGACAAACACUGCUUCCAGUUCCAGGGUUGAUUAAGUUUUGGAGGACAAAGCUAAAUGCAAGUUGCUAAUCGCUACAACAAUCCAUUAUUGACAAAAAAAGGUUUUCUAAAAAAAAAAAACGGACUUUAACUCAGUAUACCCUUCUUGGAAUUACUACUAUUAGAGACUACUAAGUAUAAUUAGAAUAUUAAAUUUAUAUAUAUAACGGCCGAACGUUUUACAAGAAUACUUUUUAAAUUAUUAUUUUAACAUGUGCUAUGCGUACAUGUUUUACAUGAAUGCUUUUAUAUUUUUAUUUUAACAUGAACAAAACAAAACAAAUUUUAUAAAACAUAAAAAUAUUUUAAAAAUUAUAUAUAAGAAGAUAAAUGUUUUAAAACUUUUAAAUUAUUUGUAAAUGCUGGAUGGUGUAAUGUGAUAUAUUACCUCAACUUAAUAUUUACUGACAAACAAAAUGUGUUUGUAGAAAGAAAAAAAAGAAGAUUCUUAAACUUUAAUCCUACAUUUUACUUACAAAAUACUCAUGGCUAGUUUAGUUACUGAAUAAAUAGUUCGUAGCAAAUUUGCUUUCACUUGCCAUGAAAAACCUCAGAAAUAUGUGCUUAGUGUGUACCUGCCACAUGUUAAAAUUAUAUAUUAGCAAGUUUAUAAAACGUAACUGAGAAAUACAUAGCUCAAUUGGUGUGUUUAUUUCCUUUCCCCCUUUAACCGAGUCACCUGGGUUCAAAACUCUCUCUGCUACCUGUUUUCCCCUUUAUUUUAGUUUUAAUCUGGGCCAAGCCCAAUUAUGACACUCCUUAAAACUUAUCUUGGGUCCGCCACUGUGCAUAGGGCCUGCAUUGGAAGCCAUCUCCUCAAGAAAGACAGUACGAUCAUAAAUAAUGGUGUAGAACUCUACAAAAAAUACGAUCACUCCUCCAUGUUGUCAACCUCUUUGGUACCAAACUCUGUUUUUUUCUGAACAAGUUGCAUGAAGCGCAUAGAUAAAAUAGAAUUUGAGAAUGGAGCAUCAUCUUCUUAAAACACUUGAAUCUCAAGGACACAGUACUACUACCAUUUGAAGAAUGAUAAACUCAAAGUUGAGAAUGGAGCAUCUGAUAGAUCCAAGAAGGUUUAUUAUCGUAAGAGAAGAGGAAAGGAGAGAGUGGGAGAACUAGAGUUGGAGGAAGAGUGUUGAGAAGUCAAGAAGUAUUAUGAAUAAGAAGAGAAGGGAGUAACUUCUAUCUGAAGAAGAGUCUUUGCAGUUACAGAAGAGUAGUAUAAAUAGAGUUGUAAUUGAAGAAGUGUCAUUCAUGCUUUUGUGGUAGUUUGUUAUAGACGUCAUGAGUCUGUACAUUCCGAUCGUUAUGAGAUCGGUGAUUUAGAGUGAAGCUCGUCAUGAGAGUGUAACUCGAGAUCGACUACAAAGCUAUACACAUUUGUACUUAGUUAUUCAAUACAGAGUUUGUUAUAUUACGAGAGAAUAGAUCUAAGGUCUAUCAGCAUCAUCUUCUUAAGAUAUCUGCUUGGCGGACAAAAGAUGUUAACAUUAUAUUACAAAAGAGAAAGAAAGCAAUGCUAGUGUACUCCAGAAACAAUCCAUAUCUUUCACCAAAGUUGAGGACAAAAAGACAAAAAACAAUAAUGCUUAUUUCCUUAAAUGACUCGUAGAGAAACAUUGUCAAAUUUAAGUAGAAAAAUUUCAAGCUUCAUCUCCGGCAAGCUUGCAUCGUCUCCGGACGUCUUCUUCUUCUUCAUCCUCUAUGACCCAACUGGAUCUAAGCAAGUGACGGUGAAUUUCCUCUUCUUUUUGGACGGCAGAGAAGCAGAGAUGGGUUCGCAAAUGACGAAAGAGAAGGAGAAGCAGGACAGCGAAAGAAAGUUAGGAGGAAGAGGAAGAAUGUCGUUUUCAGUCGCAUGAGAGAGAACUAGUCGAGACUGGAAAAAUUAGAGAAGAUGUAAAACUGCGUCGUUUAGAAGUUAGGUUUAAAAUCGGGGUUUGAUCCGGUUGGAUUUGGGUGGGUCGGGUAGAAUUGGUUGGAUCAUGGUAAUAAACUGAUUUCAUUAAGGCACCGAUGUCUUUAACCAUGUUUUGCAUUUAAAAAAAAAAUAAAAAAAUAAAAUAUUUUUUAUUAGUGGGAUAAAAUAGAAUUUUUGAAGAGAGGGCGGGGUAUAUUGAGUUAAAGUCCGCUUUUUUCAAGUUUACCCUCCAAAUGGAGGAAAAUAAGCCAAGGCCAAGAGUUAUGCCUAUCAUCUGCUCGAUAAAAUGCUCCUGAGAAGAAAAGAUUGAAGAUAAACAAUAAGAAGAAGAAGAAGAAGAGAUGGAAAGCAUCUGGAGGGAUUUUGAGACGUGUGGAGAAAAAUCUGGGCUCUUGACAGGAGAAACGACAGUCUAUGAGUGAAGAGGUCUCUCUUGGGUUACAUAACUCAAAGAGAAAGGAAGAGCACAAUGAGGCUGAGAUGGAUAGGUGUGCAGGACUAGUGCUCGAUGAAAUGCAUCUGAAAAGUAAGAGAGUGAAGAGACCGACCUUUACCAAUUUAUAGCGGAUUGAAAGGCACAGCUGAGGACGUUAAGACCUUAACGGAAAGGCCUGGGUUGCAGCUGGAAGAUGUAUUUAAAAGCCAGCGAAAAAGAGUAAUCAAGCGGUGGGAAAGUUUUCCAACAAAAGAAGGCUGUUGAGAUUCAUAGAGAAGAAGAAGGGGAGAACGAAGAUGAACAAAAAGUAUGGAAGACUUUCAUAAGCCAGGGUGUGGGAAGCUGGCUGUGGGCUAUUAGCAUUGAAGCAUCCUGCCAAAUGGAAGAAACUGAGCCAAGCACAGGUACCAAAAUACAACAACAAAGGGAGGGUGAUUAAUAGGAUCACUGCGGUGAGGAUGUGGUUUAUGUUGAAGGCUGCAACGAGGAGUAAAGAAGUUAUGUUCUGUUACGAUGCAUCUUGGUGGAAACGACGAGAUCAGAGGUGAUGAACAACAUAUACAUGGCGGUAGGAAAGCAAAGGCAAGAAGAAGCCUCAAUUCUCAGUUCAGGUGGACAUGGUAUUGCUACUAGUCCCAAAAGAGGCUGGAUAUCUCAAACCUUCACCAGUGAAUGUGGUAUCUUCUGUGAACCAGAUAAUCAUAAAGGUGGGAUUAGAGGCAGAACCAGAAGUCGCUUUAAGGCCCAGAGUUAACACUAAUUUGGACAGAGAGAUGUUUGUGCUGUAUGCAAGUUGUGUUGGGGACACUGAUACUAAUGUUGUGAGCAGUUUGGUGGAUGCACGUGUGAAAAGAAAUGAUAUAAGUCUAGGAGGUGGAAGUACAAACCAGGGAAAAUGCAGCUCUCGUUGCAAGUGUUUCUGGUCGAAAGAGUUGGUACAGAACGUGAAACAAAGAGUGGGGAUGAAGGAGGGAAAUUCAAUCACGUGAUAAUGAGUGCCAGUGUCUUUGUCUCAGAAGUUGGACAUCACAUGUAUAAGUCUGGUACUGCAGUGGCUUGAGAACACAAGACCUCAGAUGCCAUCAUUUGCAUUGUGGGUUCCAGAGUUUUAUGUCUCUGCAUUCCUAACAGUCACUCAGUCGGAAGAGAUUAUCACAGAAGCGGACGGGGACCACGAGCUGAAGUAGGGGGUCACACACAUCAUGCAGAAAGGAGUUCAUAAUGACACAAAUAGCCACUGUCGAGUUAUGUGGCUUCUUUGGUUCAGUGUUUUUGGUGAGGGAAGAUGAUGUUAUCAGAAUUUUCAACCUCGAGAAGAAGGGUACUUGGUACACAAGGAGGAGUUUGAUUAGAAAAUACAGUCUUGCGCUGAAAAACAGGUGUGGGAGCCGGGAGUAAUCAUUGAGAGACGGAUUGGCAAGAACACAGGAAACAGAAACUUUAGGUGCAGUAAAGGCGUUUCGAACAAGGGGAAGAAAGCUGGAGUAGCUGUUGUGUUAAAUCUAGGGAAUCAACCUCAAAGGAAAACCCUUUUGCUUUACUAAUCCUCUUCGGGAUGUUUCAUUUCACAAGAGCUCUCAUGCAACAUCUUAGAGCGCUGGGUUUGGGUAUUCUAUUGUAAUUCCUUUUUUGAUCAAUACAACAACUUUUGUUCCCUUUUCAUACUUCUUUUUACAAGUUUGAACAGUAAAGUGUAUCAUUCUUCUUCUUGUCCUUCUCCAUCUUCUUCUUCAACUUCUUCUUGUCCUUCCUCCAA